CAAGGAGUCUACUCUUUUGAAGAUGACCUUACUUGUUACCGACACACUACACGUGAUCCUGUAUUUGAACCUAGUAUUGCUGAGCAUAAUGGCAUGCUCUGUACAAACAGGACUAAGCCGAGAACGCAUUAAUGAACGCCUGGACGAAGCCAUUCGAAGGGCGAAAAACGGUAUUGUCCAUUUAGAGGAGUCGUCAAUCAGCGCGCCAGCGGAGACAUGGCCAGCGGAUAACAUCGUCAGGUCACCCGAAGGAGGCACAGUGACUCUGCACUGCAAAGGAGGGAAUCCUGUGCCGGUGGGCACAGAGAAAAAACCACAGAUCUGGUUGAACGGAAGGCAGAAAUUCAUCGUGAAAUCCGAAACGCUGCCGUUCGAGGUGCAGACAUGCAGUUGCCUUGUUGAUUCGAUUGAUACGCCUUUUUCGAACAAGUACACCGUCGCCUUGAAGAACCCUAGCACGGGAGAAAUGAUUAUUGAAUUACUGUCAUUUUCUCAUGUCCAUGCCGGGAAAUACGAAUGUCGACGGUACAACGGCAGCUCUUUUCUCACCACCCAAACAUUCUUUGUCAGUCCAACUGUCACACCAGCUCAAGUCUUUCAGCCACCGAUGCGCAACGUGACCGUCAGAGUGGGUGACACCGCCCGUUUUCCAUGUUAUGUAAAAUUCAUAGCCAUGCCGGGCUACUUUGGAGAUCGGUUUCUUUGGAGAAACGAAGAUCACGUCAUUUAUGCUGAUGGGUUUAAGGAAUUUCAGACCGGGCGUUCUACAAUGACCAAUUUCAGGACUACCGUUCACAUAAUAACGGAUGGCUUUUGCCACUGCCACUCAACUCUGGAAAUCUUGCGCGUGCAGCCCAACCAUGCCGGACGUUACCAAUGUUGGUUUAAAGUAGACGACGUCUUCCAGGAAUGGAUUGUUCAAGAUGCUUAUUUAAUUGUGCUUACCUGAAAAUAUUCCUUGGGACCGCAAGGUUACAUAAUGCGAUGGUUUGUCCUUUGCGCUGGGAUGCUACGUUUCGUGAUGCCCUACUCAUGUGUAUGCUGUGUGACAGCACUGACAGCGUAUGUUUGUGUGUCACUACUGUGUAUGUUAUGUGUGCUGUAUA